CGACACUAAAGUCCCUCCAGGAGUUGCAUAGUAGCGAUACCCUCCGAUGUCUUUAAUGACCGUGGCCUUGUCUAUCGAUGCUUGCAUCUUCCAAGCGUCGCGCGUUGCCAUACGGACACCUGCAAAAGGUCUAGUGUCCACCCCUGCGUUGCUGCAGUUAGAGUCUGUCUUCAGUGCCGUGACGCUAUGCUCACUGUUGUCAGGAUUGGAUGCAGAGCCAGGUCCUCGGCGGCCAUCAGGUGCCUCCGGCUACCCUCGUCGUGUCUCGUCAGUUUUGUCCAGACUCUUCGAUAUGUUGCCAAUGCAUUGACUUACCACCACUUUUGGUUCGGUCCCGCCAUGGCGCCAUUCUUGGAACAGCGACACCAACUUUUGCAAGUGUUCAAAUCGUGCAUCGGACAGCCUCGCAGGGUCUGCUCUGAAGAGUUUCAUGUUUUUUGGCGACAGCUUCACCUUUUCUUCGUCCCUGAGCACAAAAUCACGAAAGAAGUCUACAUUGGGCCUGUUCUGUGGCUUCCUCCCCCUCUUCUUCGGGAUUUCAAUCUUCUGCGAGGAGGGCGACUGAACUUCAUGCAGUUGAGGCCGCUGGUACGAGGUCGCUAGGGGCCAAUAAGGAGGGUGCGAAAGGGAAAACGGCGAGUUAAAUGUAGUCAAUGAAUGCGAUUGCCGCUCGU